UGCUUCAACACGACAGAAUCGCUUUCAGAAGCUGAACAAGCACAGCAGGCCUAGACUCAUAUGACUUAGGAGACAACAAUAAGACCGCUACGACGACAAUAGGACAAUAGGCCGAAGCACCAUGACCAUCCAUCCAUAAAGGCUCGAUCAUUAGAGGAAGACGACGAAGAGAUAGCAGUAGACCAGACUCGGGAGUCGACAAGGGACGAGGAAGAGGAAGAGACAUCGCUAUGGACACCUUCAUGGGUACGCCCUCCAAGAGGCGGUCCGUCUCGGAUGCUACCGCCACAGCAGCGCGACUCCAGCCAUCACCACUUUUGACAAGUCGGACGGCGAAUGCGACCAAAGAUGACAGUCUGCUGUCGACAUCACCACAGACGCCCAGGAGGCCAGACUUUUUAGGAAGAGGACUGUCGCUGCAGAUGCCGACAAAGACGACGGCGACAACAGCCACCACGUCUAUGGCAGCUCCCAACACGAUUCAACGCGUACCGCUAUCUCCCCAACUCGACACUCAGACAUCCUACGCAUCGCCACAGACUUCUCUACCGCGCCACUCGCGAGGGCUGGACUUUUCCAGAGCCUGCACCAACCUCCACCAUUCGACGCUAGCCGAACAUCCAUCCCCCGACUCGUCUCCCAUCAUUACCCAAAGCGCGCGCAAACCUAGCAUGAAUAGCAUGAUGCUCGACUCGCCAAACCUCUGGCCACAAAUGCAGGCCGAUCGUAGUGCUGUCAGUAGCAGUGUGGGCAGUGUCAGCAUGCUUGCCGAUGAGGACAGCGAUGAGAGUACUAGUGACGAUGAUGUGAUGGACGAUAUGGACGACCAGAUCCUCACCACCCCACAAGUCCGUAAGACGACCAAUCCCCAGGCUACCACUCCCUUUAGCAAUCACAACACUGUCAUGUGGAGCAACAACUUCUCACCAGCCCACGCCAGCUUGAUGAAGACUUUCCAGCGCUCUCGUUUGAAGAAAGGAAGGAGCAGAAAGAGUUCAAGCAGUGCCAGCAACAACUCUGCCAUGCCUAGUCCACGCACAACUUCUCCGCCGCCUUUGCGCAGCAUUGAGGGCUCGGCUCACUUCGGCUGGCCGCGCCUGAGAGAGAACAGACAGGAGCAGCCGUCACUUUCAUCUGGUAACGACAGUGGUGAUGAAGCCGCUGCCUCUUCUUCAACUCCAGGUGUUGUGCGCCGCGCCGUCACUCGUCGUGGAAACUUGCUGCCAAAGACAAAGAACUUUGCGCGCAUCCGUGCCGCUCUGCUUGAAGAGUCUGCCCCUGUCGAUAGUGAAGUCCGCCGUGAGGCAGAGACGAUGCGUCAAGUUCACAACCAUGAUCCAGUCCCCGAUCUCGAUGGUCCUUCACCUGGCCCCUCUUCUUCACAACCAAAUGCCAACCCUAACGAUCCCAAUGACCCUCAACCCGAUACCAUCAACAACAAUUCCAUUAGCUUCAACCUUCAUGCCCAUCGCAACUCUGGUGGCGUCGAUUACUGGCACAAACUCGAAACUGAACUCCACACCCCACCCCCACCUGCCUUUCCUACCCGUGGCAGCUCAUCACUUUCUGGCGACAUUGCCAUGGAUUCUCCUGCCGACAACUCAACUCUCCGUUCUGCUUCCGUCAUUAGCAUGAAUGAACCCUCCAUCGCUUCUUCCGCCGAGACAGACACACAAGGCUCCACCUACGUGAGUCAAGACGCUCUCCGCAGACCGUUUGGUAAGCGUCGCCGCGACGACGACUUUGACAUGCAGAGCUUCAAGCGCAGAGCCGUCAGUCCUAGCAUGAGUGUCCACGGUGGCAGUCCAGUUGUCGCCUCUCCUGUUGCCUCUGCUGCAGCACGUAACCAGAGUCUGCCUAGGGACGGCGCUCCCCUUGAGAAAAGUACCAGCAACGGAGCUAGUGGUACUGCACCUAGAAGGAUAGGUUUGCAAGGCAUGGUGGAUACGAACGAAGGUAUCAUGAGGAUGAGCAUUGAAUAGUAAUCAUGCUCUUUCCUGGUUGGUCCUUCUUGUUCUUCUCUCCAUUCUUUGCUUAUCACUUCAAUGUGGUCUCCAUGCAUUCUCCUCAUUUCCUUUUCAGUGAUGUUGGUUUUCGGUAGCGUAAGGCGUUGGGGUUUUGGGGGCGUUCAUAAUUUUCUGUCUCUAUCAAGAGCUGUCACGCAAUACGAUAGGUAUUGUUCUGUCAUACGUAUCUUACUCCCCCUUCCGCUUUUCCAUCUUAGGCUUGGGAUCGGUGCCAAGACUUUGUGCCAAUGGUAUAACCCUGGCUAGCAGAUUGACCACCGUAUCUGACCUCGAACAAGAUCUGAUAUGCUCACUAGUCAUCCGAGACAUACUUCGGCC